AUGCCUGGACAACAAAAGAGAAAGCGCGAUGAUGACCACGAUCCCGUCUCAGAACCCCGAGACAAUGGCAUGGGUGUCGCUGAUACACUCGCACGCCUAAACGAAGCCUCCCCCGAGACCGACGAUUCAACAAAGAAGCGCUCAGGCGAGAUGGCGCGCUCAAGCAAGAAGAGGCGUGCGGACGGCGAGAAGACCAAAUACCCCGUCUUGACAUACGUUGAAGGCCGCCUACAGUCAUCAAUUCGAAUUUCAGACCUCCAAGGCCUUCUACUGUAUUGUUUCGCAGAUGGUAUUGCACCGCAAUGGAUCGCUGUCAAACACUCCGGCCAUGUGCGCAAGGUGGUCGUCUUGAUGGUGCCGGGCUUGGAAAUCGGCAUGUUUGACGGCACCAUCCCACUAAAGCCAAUUACCGCCGGCGAUUGCGAUAAUAAUGGCGAGGAAAAGGUUCCUUCCGGCGACUCAAACCAAGAACACGAUACCUCCGACGAUAGACGAAAUGAAGACUUUCAAAAUUGGAAAGAAGGUCUUCCACCUCCAGACCGAUCGCAUCGCUAUAAUCCUAGAGCACUUGCAUCAAGUACCUUGCCCGAACCCCUCCGCCCAUUGAGCAAUAUGUUUCCUCAUGUUUGGCCCGUCAAGGCCCCUGGCGAUAACAAAUAUAACAAAGUGCACUCGCCUUUGCAAGCUAUCUUAAUGUCGGCGCUUCCCAAGACAAAGGAUGAGUCAAGCCGUAAAGGUGCCCGCCCACCGCGAGUCGACAAGAGCGCGAUCUUCAAACGAACCCCCAUCACUACUUUCAUCAGUUCCUUGGAGGAUCUUCGUGAUAGCGAAUAUCCCCUUCACCCGGCCCUUCUUGGUUCAGACGCUGAGAAGGAGCAAGAUGCCGAAUCACGUCGACGCAACAAUCGAGCUGCAGAGGAUGGCUGGGUGGACACGGACGUUGCCAACCUGGAUGCUGGGAUUGUUCCGGAUGCCGAGAUUGAAAGUGGUAGCGUGACGGCCGGACGAAUGGUCCUAUCCCUGGAUUGCGAAAUGUGUCUGACCGAAGGAGAUAAGUCUGAACUGGCUCGUAUUAGUCUUGUUGGCUGGGACGGUGAGGUUGUUCUGGACGAGCUGGUUCAGCCCUCGCGGCCCGUAACCAACUACCUCACCCAGUAUUCCGGUAUCACAAAGGAAAUGCUUGAUCCGGUUACUACUACAUUGGCCGAUAUCCAACAACGUCUUCUUACGAUAUUGACACCCCAGUCUAUUCUGAUUGGUCAUUCUUUGAAUUCCGACCUUGCGGCACUCAAACUUACACACCCUUUCAUUGUCGACACUGCAAUCAUCUACCCCCACCCCGUGUGGCUUACCCAGAAGUAUGUGAAUAAGGAGAUUCAGAAGGGUGGAAAUGGCCACGAUUCGGUCGAGGACGCUCGAGCAGUCCUUGAACUGGUCAAACAAAAGUGUGAAAAGGGAGAGCGAUGGGGUACCAGUGAUGCAUCAAACGAAAGUAUUUUCCGCCGACUUGGUCGGUCUACCCGGGUAGGAAAAACCGCGACCCCUGGCGAGGGACGCACCGGUGCGGUAGUGGACUGGGGCAGUCCCGAGAGAGGAUUUGGUUCGCAGGCGACUGCCUCAAUCGGAUGCCGCGACGAUAAUGACGUUGUCAAUGGUGUUGCAGCGGCCGUCAACGGCGAUGACUCGAACGCUUCUAUUCCAGGUGGCGGUGUUGAUUUUACGUGGGCGCGCCUCCGCAAUCUUGAACACCUUCGCGAGGAGACCACCCCCACAACAAGCAUUGGAGAUAAUACCAGUGCCGCUCCGGGAGACAAUGUUCUUGCGGAAACCGUCACCCAAACCGUCACCGACAUCACCCGCAUCUACGAGUCUCUCCCACCUUGUACCAUGUUUAUUGUCUACACUGGCACCGGCGACCCGCGCGAGGUCAGUCGUCUGCAAGCGAUGCACAGAACAUAUCGCGAGGAAUUUAACUCGCGUAAACCCUGGGAUGAACUUAGCGUGAAGUGGACGGAUACGGAAGAGCAAGCCCUGAAGAAGGCCUGCGAGCGGGCCCGCGAGGGUUGUGGAUUUAUGUGUGUCAAAUGA